AUGACCAUGGCCUUUGCCAUUGAUGAGAUCAACGAGAACUCCAGCCAGUGGUUGGAAGACCAGUUUCAACUUGUACAUUAUCUGCAAAAGGUAAACUUCACCACAUCAUUUGGUGACCAGGUGUCCUUUCCGGAGAAUAGGGAGGCAUUACCAAUUUAUGAUGUUAUGAACUGGCUGUGGCUACCUGAUGGAAGAACUAAAGUUCAGAUCGUGGGUGAGGUGAAGAGGUCAAUCUCCAGAGGUGAGGAACUCACACUUGAUGAGGAUAGAAUUGUCUGUAACUCUAAAUCAAAACGGGCAACUCGAUCAGUGUGCAGUGAGCGCUAUCCUCCAGGUACCCGCAUGGCCAGAAAAAAAGGACAGCCUAAGUGCUGUUUUGACUGUGUCCCAUGUUCUGAAGGAAAGUUCAGUAACACAACAGAUUCUGUGGAGUGCAUCAGUUGUCCAGAGGAUUUCUGGUCCAACCCUCAGCAUGACCAUUGCAUUCCUAAAAUAACAGAGUUCCUGUCCUAUCAUGACCCUCUGGGUAUCUGCUUGACAACUGCUUCAUUGCUGGGAACAUUUAUUUGUACUGUUGUUUUAGGGAUCUUCACCUGCCACCGCAGCACACCUGUGGUACGAGCCAACAACUCAGAACUGAGCUUCCUGCUUUUAGUGUCACUCAAACUGUGUUUCCUGAGUUCACUGCUUUUCAUCGGACGACCCAGACUGUGGACGUGCCAACUGAGACAUGCAGCAUUUGGGAUCAGCUUUGUGCUUUGUGUGUCAUGCAUCCUGGUUAAAACCAUGGUGGUGUUGGCUGUAUUCAAAUCCUCCAUGCCGGGAGGUGGAGCCAAUCUUAAGUGGUUUGGUGCGAUGCAGCAGAGAAGAACAGUUUUAGUUCUUACUUGUGUUCAAGCAGCUAUCUGCACUGUAUGGAUUGUCACAGCCUCGCCAGUCCCCCAUAAAAACACACAAUACCACAAUAACAAGAAAAUUUAUGAGUGUGUUGUUGGGUCUACAAUAAGUUUCGCAUUGUUACUCGGCUAUAUUGGCUUACUUGCUGUCAUCAGUUUCCUGCUUGCAUUUCUGGCAAGGAAUCUGCCAGACAGUUUUAAUGAGGCUAAACUCAUCACAUUCAGCAUGCUGAUAUUCUGUGCUGUGUGGGUGGCCUUUGUUCCUGCUUAUAUUAACUCUCCAGGCAAAUAUGCAGAUGCAGUGGAGAUAUUUGCCAUACUGUUCUCCAGUUUUGGGCUCUUGGUGGCGCUGUUUGUUUCUUAG